AUGUCUUCAUAUCGUCUUAAUACUUCAUUUAAUUCAUUGACAAUCACUUCAAGAUCAUCAAUAUCAACAACAAUAACAGCUAACGAUUGUUUAUUGGAUGUUGAUUCUCAUCUUUUAUCUAUAGGCAAUGCACUGAAUAUAAAUGUUUCUGGUGUCAGUAAUCAUCAACGUCGCACAUCAAUUGUCAAUCUUCAUCAACGUCGAAAUUCUCAAUUACGUAAAGCAAGUUUUACUACUUCAACAUUGGUAUGUGUACACAGUAUAUGA